CCCGCUGCCUAGCGUCGUGGUUUCCAGAGGGAGGAAGGGAAAUGUCGGUUUCCCCGCUGGGCGGCUUGCAUGGACACGGGGCUCGGCGUCUCCCGUGCCGGGAAGGACUGGUAGUGCCGUUGUCAUGUAACGGUUGCUGAAAGCCUGCUCUUUGGUAUUGCUUUCCCCCAGGAGUGAAAAAAUGGAUGAAGUCGCUGGGGAACUGAAGCAAGCGCUCCCAAAUGUGUGUGACAACACUCAAGUGCAUGUGGAAGUUCUUCAGAAAUCAAACAGUGUGGCCAAGAAAGAAGAUAUCAGGAUGAGUGUGUUGAAACUGUUGAACAGACAUAACAUUGUGUUUGGUGAUUACAAGUGGACAGAAUUUGAUGAUGGUUUCCUUAACAACAAUGUGCAGUCUGUAUCAAUUGUGGAUACAGAUCUGAAACUGAAAGACAGACAGCCCAUUGACUUGAGCAAAGGCAGUCUUUCUCUUCAUAUUUUUCAUCUGAAUGAAGAAGGACCAAGCUCUGAAAAUCUGGAAGAAGAGAAUGAGGAUAUCAUUGCGGCUAAUCACUGGGUGCUACCAGCAGCCGAAUUCCAUGGCCUUUGGGAAAGUCUUAUCUAUGAAAGUGAAGUAAAAUCACAUUUACUUGAUUAUGUGACGACAACACUACUAUUUUCUGACAAAAAUGUUGACAGCAACUUGAUAUCAUGGAACAGAGUUGUUUUGCUGCACGGUCCUCCUGGAACUGGGAAAACUUCUCUUUGUAAAGCACUGGCUCAGAAGCUGACAAUUCGGCUGUCGUACAGGUAUAGGUAUGGACAGUUAAUUGAGAUAAACAGCCAUAGCCUUUUCUCUAAAUGGUUUUCUGAGAGUGGCAAACUUGUAACCAAGAUGUUCCAGAAGAUUCAAGAGUUAAUUGAUGACAAAGAUGCUCUUGUAUUUGUACUGAUUGAUGAGGUGGAAAGCCUCACAGCAGCCCGUAGUGCUUUCAGGGCAGGCACAGAGCCUUCAGAUGCUAUUCGUGUGGUGAAUGCUGUGCUGACACAAAUAGAUCACAUUAAAAGGUAUCCUAAUGUAGUUAUCCUGACUACUUCAAAUAUUACGGAGAAAAUUGACAUGGCCUUUGUAGACAGGGCUGACAUAAAGCAAUACAUUGGACCUCCAUCCACUGCAGCAAUAUUUAGAAUAUAUCUUUCUUGCUUGGAAGAACUGAUGAAGUGUCAAAUAAUAUAUCCUCGACAGCAGCUCCUGACACUCAGAGAGCUAGAGAUGAUAGGCUUUGUAGAAAAUAAUGUGUCAAGGUUAAGCCUUGUACUAAAAGAAAUCUCAAGAAGAAGUGAAGGUCUUAGUGGCCGGGUCCUGAGAAAACUUCCUUUCCUAGCACAUGCACUUUAUAUUCAAUCCCCCAGUGUUACAAUGACAACGUUUCUUCAGGCUCUUUCACUUGCAGUAGACAAACAAUUUGAAGAAAGAAGCAAACUUGCAGACUGUGUGUGAUACUCUCCUGUUUUAUAGUUUUAUAGUCUGUAUUGUUAACACUGAAAAAUACAAUCUAUGUGACUGCUAUGCAUCUGUUUGUAAACACCCUAAAAACCCUGGAAUGCCUGCUCUUGUUUUUCAAAACUUUCAUUAAUAAACAAGAAAUUUUACAGCAUAUUUUUCAAAAGCUUUAUUUCAAAUGCCAGUAAGGGGAUGUAAAACAAAAUUCUUGCUAAAAGUCUGUUUUCAUCUUUUGCAGUUAUUAGAAUUGGGCUGACUUCUGUUCCUUAGUUCUUACUAACUUUCUAUCCGUGCAUCAGUUUUUAUACUUCUGGGGGUUUUUAUAUUUUUAACAGCAAUAAAUGUUCAGGUUUUAAAUCGGAUACUUCUGCCAUAACUCUUUGUUAUUGCUUCUGAAAUCAAGCAUGAAACUGGGAAGCAUUUGAAGUUCUUGGUGGUGACCCAGACCCUUUAUAGUGACAACUCUCCAUCUUGAAAUUUAUUAUCAGCUAUUACUUUUAAAAUUUCAUUAGAUUCAGAAGUUUUGAAUCAAGAGAUCACUUAAUUGUAUUUUGUAAUACCACUUCUUUGUGAAAUGCACCGACGUGAACCAGAAUGGACCGUGUUUUCUUGCUGAAGAGUAUGAUGUGUAAGAAAGGUUCUUUAAAAUGAAAUCUGGUUCUAUUUUAUUUUAUAAACAUGACAUAGAAGUAACAAAUAAUCUAUGGAGAAAAAUAUUUUGUAGUGCAAAAGCCAGGUAAUGUAUGCAUCCAGUUCCUAAAAGGAGCAGAGUCAACUUCUCCAUGGUAAAAUACAUACCCUGUAUAAUACUGGUUACAAAAUUGUCAACUCUUCUUUUUUUCUAAAGUAUUUUACCUGCAGUCAGAUAAAAGAAUGAAAUGUUA